GGGCGGGGGUCACCGGGAGCCGCGCCCCGCACCUCGGACCCGGCCGCUGCCCGGUGCCCGCGCUGGCCGGCAGAGGGCAGCGGCAGGGCGCCGCGGGCUGCACAUGGCUGUGUGACCGUGGGAUUGUGUCUGUCCCCUUGCUCAGGGCGGCGUGCGGGCGAUGGAGCGCGCGGUGGAGCCCUGGGGCCCGGAUCUCCAGGGCGCAGAGGAGAGGGAGCAGCUGAGAGGCGCCCGCACAGGUAUAGGGAGUGAGAAUGUGGAGAUUUCUCAGCCGGAUGAGUUUGAACAUACCCCACAGGAGGAUGACUUGGGGUUCAAGGAAGAGGAAGAUCUGGCCCCAGGUCAUGAAGUAGGAAAUGCCUCUCUCAAACCUGAAGGCAUCCAGACCUGGGAUGACUUGUGGGUCCAGAGAGAGGGACCAGGAAAACCUCAGGCUCGGGACAGAGGUCCCCGGCUCCUGGGAGAGCCACGUUGGGGCCAGGCUAGUGAUCGGGCUGCCGUGUGUGGUGAGUGUGGCAAGAGUUUUCGGCAGAUGUCAGAUCUGGUGAAACACCAGCGGACCCAUACAGGGGAGAAACCCUACAAGUGUGGGGUCUGCGGCAAGGGCUUUGGGGAUAGCUCUGCCCGUAUAAAACACCAGCGAACUCAUAGUGGUGAAAAGCCCUACAGAGCCCGACCACCAGCCCAAGGCCCCCCAAAGAUUUCUCGGUCCAGGAUCCCAGCUGGUGAACGCCCCACUAUCUGCGGCGAAUGUGGCAAGAGCUUCCGGCAGAGUUCUGACCUGGUGAAACACCAGCGGACACACACGGGUGAGAAGCCCUACAAGUGUGGCAUCUGUGGCAAGGGCUUUGGUGACAGUUCUGCUCGCAUAAAGCACCAGCGGACACACCGGGGGGAGCAGCCUUCCCGGCCCGUGGUGCCCAGACGGCAGCCUUCUCGAGCAGCCACGGCAGCCACACAGGGACCUAAGGCCCAGGACAAGCCAUAUAUCUGCACCGACUGUGGCAAAAGAUUUGUGCUCAGCUGCAGCCUUCUGAGCCACCAGCGCAGUCACUUGGGGCCCAAACCUUUUGGCUGUGAUGUGUGUGGAAAGGAGUUUGCCCGGGGCUCAGACCUGGUGAAGCACCUGCGGGUGCACACAGGAGAGAAGCCCUACCUAUGCCCCGAGUGUGGCAAGGGCUUCGCCGACAGCUCUGCCCGGGUCAAACACCUCCGCACCCACAGUGGGGAGCGGCCUCACGCCUGUCCAGAAUGUGACCGUACCUUCAGCCUCAGCUCCACCCUUCUCCGCCACCGCCUCACUCACAUGGAGCCCCAGGACUUCAGCUUCCCAGGCUACCCCUUGGCCCCCCUGAUCCCC